AUGGCACGUUUCGGACUCGGACUCACGACGCUCGUGGCCGCGCUCUUCGCGAGCUGCGCGCGCGCGCAGCUCGCAGACUCCAGCAUCUUCGACGCCAACCCGCUGCAGCAGUUCAACCUCAGUGCGCCCGAUGGCUCUGCGCUGGGCACGUUCAUGCCGUUCGGCGCGACCGCGACGAGUUUCCGGGUCAAGGACAAGUUCGGGCAGUUCAGGGAUAUCCUCAUCGGCUACGACGACCUGGAGCGCUACAUGACGGAGCGCAACUUCUUCGGUCCCAUCGUCGGGCGGUACGCGAACCGCAUCCGCAACGGCACCUUCACCAUCCCCAUCUCCAAGGACGCCUCGGGCCCGGGCAAGGUCUUCCACGUGCCCGAGAACGAGCACAACGGGACGAACUCGCUGCACGGCGGCGACUUCGGCUUCGACCGCCGGAACUGGACCGCCAUCGACUACCGGCCGGACCAAGUCAGCUUCGCGCUCAUCGACGUCAACGGCACGGAAGGCUUCCCGGGGACCGUCAUCACCACGGUGACGUACACGCUCGGGAACGACUCGGUGUUCAACAUGUCGAUCUCCGCGGUCGCGACGCAGCGCACGCCGAUCAUGCUCUCCGCGCACCAGUUCUGGAACCUGGAGGCGUACCAGGAGACGCAGGACCUGCGCGGGCACGUCGUCCAGAUCAACUCCUCCAAGAUCAUCGCCACCGACGGGAACCUGAUCCCGAACGGAAGCUUCAUCGAGGUCGAGGGCACGCCCUUGGACUUCCGUACCGCGACGAGCAUCGGGGACCAGAUCAACGCGACCGCCGCGGCGCAGUACUGUGGCACCGGCUGCGUCGGCUUCGACAACGCGUGGAUCUACGACACCGAGGACCCCUCCGUGUCCUCCCCCUUCUCGAUCUGGAGCACCAACUCCGGCAUCAAGCUCGAGGUGGUGACGAACCAGCCCGCGCUGCAGAUAUACUCGUGCAACGGGAUCUUCAGCGCCGCGGACCCGGUCCCGCGCAAGGCCGCCCAGGGCGGGAACGCGACGGACCCCGCGGCGUCGGCGGUGUACGAGAACCACAGCUGCGUCGUGCUCGAGCAGGAGAGCUUCCUGGACGCGAUCAACAACCCCGAGUUCGGCGUCGACCAGAUCUACGGGCCCGCGCGGCCGUACUUCUGGCACGCGUCCUACCGGUUCUCCGUGCUCGAGGAUGCGCGCCCAACAAGCCCGAAUGGGAUCAAUGCUUUGUAA